UUGAGGGUGCCACUUCUCGGGUUCUUACGCGACGUUCGGUUAGUCCGUGCGUUUUACGCGGGCCGUGUCACGUGUUCGCACGAGGCGACUUUAUCGCAGUCAUAUAUACAGUGAUAUGCCACACGUGGUUACUCCGGUCGACGUCCAUGCCAAAUACAUAAAGCAUUUAAAUUCGUCGAUACAUGGAGUUUUAACAGGCACUAGGGAUGUCCGAUUCUCUUAGAAGAAUCGAUUCUGAAUAGGAUCAUGAAAAAUCGAUUCUCUUAAAAAUCGGAAUCCAAAGAACCGAUUCUGCAAGAAUAGAUUCAAAAAAUCGGAAAUUUUUAUAUAUAAUUAACACAAAUUUAAUUAAUACAUUUUUACGUGUCAAAAGCCAUCCAUGAAAAUGAAAUGAAUGUUGUAUAAAAAGACUAAACAAUUAUUAGCCGUUUAUAUAGCAAUUAUACAUCUUCUCUAGCUUUCCCUUUGGCCGAUAUUUCCGGUCGAGAUGGUCGACGGAGUAAAUGAGAGGUUCUGAUUGGCUGUUGAAAGUCAGGUAGUCAGUUACCACGGAAGUACGUCACGACGCUGAGUUUUAGUAGCCAAUCUUGUGGCGACAAACAGCAACCAAUGAGCGAAGUGAAUUUCUCCCCUCUACCGUUUCAGUCAAAACGAAUCGGCUUCUCGAUUCGGAGGGUAAAGAAUCGAUUCUCAAGAAAAUCGAAUAGUAAAGAAUCGAUUCUAAAAAUCGAUUUUUUCACCAAAAGAAUCCAAUCGGAAUCGAACAUCCCUAACAGGCACCUACUGGUUUCCACGUCUAUUAAACUCGAUACGCACCCGCCGCACGUUUCUACAAUUUUAGGGAAAAUAAACGAAGACAAUGAAUUGCGAGAUAAUGUAAAUGUAUUAUCUAUGGAAUUUUUCUCAGAAUUCGAUCGUGUUGCGCGUAGGCCUCCGAAGGUUUCGUAAAAAUGGUCGAAUUUAUUGCUUACGACUUAGAGGGGAAACGAGCUCCGGUCACGAGGAAUUCUUUGGCUCGUAGCCAUCGGUUAUUCCGGUCACCCCAACGACUUGAUAUAAUAACGCGUAUUGCUGUGUGGCAUCUCGUCGGCAGAAAAGGUUUCGUUGCGGAACGGACAGCAAAAAGAUUGCAGCCGAAAAACUUCGUCAAUGCGCGUUCUCUGCUCGAUCAGUCGUGGAGAUAUGAGCAUCAAUAAGAAACUCGCGAUUAGUUGAUAAUUAGUCAUAUCGCAGCUCUAAAGUCAUUCGAUGAGGCCAAUGAGUCGCGGGACAGGAUCCGCAAGCGGGCAGCAUCGGGCAGCAGCAAACUCAGCAGCAGCGAGGGAACGGCGGCGGGCCCUGGAUCGUCGGAGCAGGAGAAGCGGCGACGGACCCAGGAGUCGGGAGGAACGGCUGGGAGAGCCGACCGAAGCUGCGAGCCCAGGGGCAGCGGCAAAUGGGGCUCGGUGUGGGGGAUGACGAAGACGGGGGUGGAGGGGGCGGAGGGUUGGAGGGGACGGACCCAGAGGAGGACAACCCUGUUCACCUCAAGAGACGGGUGGGACUCGUCAGUGGGGUGGCUCUAAUUGUCGGCACGAUGAUUGGAUCGGGAAUCUUCGUCUCGCCGUCAGGCCUCCUGGUGCGGACCGGCAGCGUCGGGGUCAGCUUCCUGGUGUGGACGGCCUGUGGCCUGCUGAGCCUCUGCGGAGCUCUGGCCUACGCGGAACUCGGCACGAUGAACACGAGCAGUGGAGCGGAAUACGCCUACUUCAUGGACGCGUUCGGCGCGCCACCGGCGUUCCUCUUCUCCUGGGUCUCCACCCUGGUGCUGAAGCCCUCGCAGAUGGCGAUAAUAUGCCUCUCGUUCGCCCAGUACGCCGUCGAGGCGUUCGCGGCCGAAUGCGAUCCGCCCCAGGAGGUGGUCAAGCUGGCGGCCCUCCUGGCGAUCGUAUCGAUACUCCUGGUCAAUUGUUACAGCGUCAACCUGGCCACCGGGGUGCAAAACGCUUUCACCGCGGCCAAACUGAUCGCCAUAUUGGUCGUCGUUGCCGGCGGCUCCUACAAACUUGCCCAAGGGAACACUCAGCACCUCCAGGGCGCGUUCCAAGUUAUCGACGGCGAAAGCUUCAACGUCGGCAGACUGGCCACCGCGUUUUAUACCGGCCUUUGGGCCUACGACGGAUGGAAUAAUCUUAAUUACGUGACCGAGGAGAUUAAGGAUCCUUCCCGAAACUUGCCAAGGUCUAUCAUGAUUGGCAUUCCCCUCGUCACGCUCUGUUACGCCUUGAUUAAUGUUUCUUAUUUGGCAGUCAUGUCGCCGACGGAAAUGAUCGAAAGCGAGGCCGUUGCCGUGACGUUCGGAAAUCGGAUCCUUGGCGUGAUGGCGUGGCUUAUGCCGCUCUCGGUGGCGGUGAGCACUUUCGGUUCCGCCAAUGGAACCCUAUUCGCCGCAGGUCGGUUGUGCUUCGCCGCCUCUCGGGAAGGACAUCUGCUCGAUUGUUUGAGCUAUGUCCACGUACGCCGUUUCACUCCAGCUCCGGGACUUAUAUUUCAUUCUCUGGUAGCAGGUGCCAUGGUCUUGUCCGGCAACAUAGACUCCCUCAUCGACUUCUUCUCCUUUACCGCGUGGAUAUUUUACGGCGGAGCGAUGCUCGCCUUGCUAGUCAUGAGGAGGACAAGGCCUAAUCAUCCUCGGCCUUAUAAAUGCCCGCUUCUGAUACCCGUAUUUGUACUUGGCAUUUCUGCAUACUUAAUUGUGGCUCCGAUCGUGGACAAUCCACAAUUUGAAUACCUGUACGCUGCUGGAUUCAUAGCUGCGGGAAUGCUAUUCUACCUCCCAUUUGUAAAAUACCGAUACGUUCCCAAAUUCAUGGAGGGAGUGAAUGCCUUUCUCCAAAUGCUGUUAGAUGUGGCACCAACUGCAGCAGCCUUUGAUUAAUGUAUCGGUUUAUUGGCUGUAGUAUAUCAGGUGCCGAAUCAUUCCAUUGAAGCAUUGGGAAUCUUAUAUCUUUACU